AUGCAGGCGGUAGAGAGAAGACCCUCGUUACUCUUUGAUGAAUAUCAGAAUUCAAUCACUAAGCCCAAUGAGACUAAAAAUAAAGAAGUCAAGAUCUUGUCAGAGAAUCACAGUAAUGCUCCCUCGUUAGCUUUGAAACAGAAGGAAAUAUCCGUCGACGAUAUGGAUAUGAUCUCUUUGCCUACGGCCUUUGACAGGCAAAUGGUUUUAGGUUCGCCCAUGUUUUUCGAUCCUGAGGAUGAAGAGAACAAGAUUGAUCCAGUUCCUUCAGUUCCUCAUCAUUAUGGAAAUAGUGAGAAUGGUGACUUUUGUUCAUCACAUAGCCUCUCAACAGAUGAGGACACUAAGAACUUAUUCGUUAGUCCGUUUGAACUGGUUUCUCAAAUGAGAAAAAGAUACAUUACUGCUUCCAAACAAGAUGGAAUCUCGAACAUUAAGAAUGAUGUUCAAAAUUGGUUUCUAUAUCCAAAACCACUGCCUAAGUUUUGGAAAUUUGAAGACGACAAAAGAUUCCAAUAUCUCUCUGAUUCUGAUUUUAAUGAAGAUGGUGUGGCUGCCGGAACGGGGGCCGAUACACCGCAUCAUCAUGGUUACUAUUACCCAAGUUACUUCACAGAUCACUACUACUACACGAGCUCUAACUCGAAAGGAAAAGAUAAGGUUAAAGUACCAUAUACUGGCGAGUAUUUUGAUUUAGAUCAUUACAGAAAGCAAUAUGUUUUCCAUUUGAACAAGCAAAAAGAUACGCAAAAUCCAUAUUUGUUCAAUUCUGGUGAGGAAAAGCAACAAGAGGAAGAGUAUUUAACAGAUGUUCCUACAUUUCAAGAGUUUAGGGAUGAUUUUGCAUACAUCAUAGAAUUAAUUCAAUCUCACAAAUUCAAUGAAAUCUCACGAAAACGACUAUCUUAUUUAUUAAACAAAUUCGAACUAUUUCAGUACUUGAAUUCCAAAAAAGAAAUUCUGGCCAACAAAAAUGUUCCAUACAGGGACUUUUAUAAUUCUCGUAAGGUAGAUAUAGAUUUAUCUUUAAGUGGUUGUAUUUCUCAACGUCAACUAAGUGAAUAUAUCUGGGAGAAAAUAAACUUGGAACCUGACAGAAUAGUUUAUCAAGACCCGAGAUCAUCAAGAAGGCUCACGCUGAGGGAUAUCUUUCAGUAUGGUUGUUCUUCCACUGACCAACCUAUCGCGAUAGGGUUGAAGUUGAUAGAUGAUGAAUUCUUGGAUUGGUAUAAAAAUGUCUAUCUAAUAGAUUAUCACUUAACUCCUAAUAAAGUGGCAAACCUGGAAGGUAAAGAAAUGAGAUUUUAUCUGCUAGCUAAGGUAUUUCUUGAAUUUGAUAAUUUGAUCGAAGGUGAGUACCUAGCAGAGAUUUUCAUAAAAUACGUUAUUCAUAUUCUAGAAAAAUCAAAAUACCAAUUGGCCCAAGUAUCUGUUAAUUUUCAAUUUUAUUCCAAGGGUGAAGAUUGGUACAGUAUAUUUUCGCAAUGGUUGCUGCGAUGGAAGUUAGUAUCAUAUAAUAUUCGCUGGAAUAUACAAAUUAUCAGAGUUUUUCCCAAGUUAUUCAAGGAAAAUGUCGUUUCAAAUUUUCAAGAAUUUUUGGAUCUUAUUUUUAAUCCUUUGUUCGCUUUAGAAAAGAAGGAGAUGCUUGGUUCAUCGGUGGAUUCAAGUACCAUCGGUUUGCAGUUUUUUUUAUCGAAUGUUUGUUCCAUGGACUUGGUCAUUAAAGAGUCAGAUGAAUAUUACUGGAAGGAAUUUACGGAUAUGAAUUGUAAGCCAAAGUUUUGGGUCGCGCAAGGUGAUAAUCCAACUGUUGCGCAUUACAUGUAUUAUAUUUACAGAAAUCUAUCGAAAGUAAAUUUUCUUCGGUCACAAAAUCUUCAAAAUACGAUCUCUUUGAGAAAUUAUUGUUCCCCAUUAUCUAGUAGAACUUCCCAGUUUGGGGUGGACUUGUAUUUUACAGAUCAAGUUGAAUCGUUAGUGUGCAACUUAUUACUCUGUAAUGGUGGUUUGUUACAGGUAGAACCGCUUUGGGAUACUGCAUCAAUGAUUCAAUAUCUCUUUUACCUUUUCCAAAUCCCAAUCCUAGCAGCUCCAUUAUCUUCUGUUUCGUUGUUAAACUCGCAAAAAUCGUCCUCCUUAAAGAAUAAGAACGUACCUCUAGAACAUGAUUACUUGAAAGACCAGGCAACAACCAAAAUCAAUCCUUCUAGAGACAUUACUGUUGGCGAACAAAGGUCAUAUGAAACAAAUCCCUUUAUGAAAAUGUUCAAAAUGGGAUUGAAAAUUUCAUUAUCAUCCAAAUCGAUUCUUUAUAAUAGCUCAUACACUUUAGAACCUUUAAUUGAAGAAUACAGCGUUGCAGCUAGUAUUUACUUGCUAAACCCUACAGAUUUAUGCGAGUUAUCAAGAACAAGUAUACUAUCCAGCGGAUAUGAAGGUUGGUACAAAGCCCAUUGGAUUGGUGUUGGGACUAAAAAAACUCCCUUUUUUAAGGAGAACGUCGGCGGAAUAGAUAACUGGUACGAUACAGCAGAUGACACUUCAAUAAAGCACAACGUUCCGAUGAUUAGACGCAGAUACAGAAAAGAUACGUUCGAUCAAGAGUGGAACUUCAUUCGGGAUCACUUUGGAGUAAUUAAUUCAAUAUGGUAA